UUAUGUAACGAAAACCAAAUAUCGGAAAGCAAGCAGCUGGCGAAGUCGCGUACAUAUAUAACACCCCACCCUCUUAUCAGUUAUCAUCACCAUCAAUCAAUCAUCGUAACCAAAUCCAAAAUAUUAUAUAAAAAUAUAGAAUAAUAUUAUCAAAAAACACUCUCUCUUUCUCCACCACAACUAUACACACACAGAUAGAUACAUAUACAUACAUACUGACAUACAUACAACUACUGAGAUAUCAUUUACAUAACAGUCAUUGAUUGAUUAGAUCUAUCUUUGUAUAAUCCUUUACAUCGAAGGUAUCACGAUGGUAGCGCAAGAGUUCACCGUUGAUUUAGACAAGCCUCUUGUGUUCCAGGUUGGUCACCUUGGAGAAGAUUAUCAAGAAUGGAUUCACCAACCUAUUGUUACCAAGGAAGGCCCUCGUUUUUUUGCAAGUGACUUUUGGGAGUCUCUUACAAAAAAUGAGUGGUACGUGAUUCCAUCCAUAUGGCUCCCUGUGGUAUGUUGGUAUAUCUCCAAGUCAUUAAAGAUGGGCAAUUCACUUCCUCAGAUAGUGACAGUACUUGUUUUGGGGAUUUUUGUUUGGUCACUCAUGGAAUACUCUCUGCAUCGGUUCCUUUUUCAUAUCAAAACGAAGAGCUAUUGGGGGAACACUGCUCAUUAUCUUCUUCAUGGCUGUCAUCACAAACAUCCCCAGGAUGGCUUACGCCUUGUUUUUCCUCCUACUGCAACAGCAAUCCUCUUGGUGCCGUUCUGGCAAUUGAUAAAGCUGAUAUCAACCCCUUCUGCUGCUCCUACUUUGUUUGCUGGUGUUUUGUUGGGUUAUGUAAUGUAUGACGUCACUCAUUACUACCUGCACCAUGGUCAACCAAAAAGCGAAGUUCCUCGAAAUCUCAAGAAAUACCACUUAAAUCAUCAUUUCCGAAUCCAAAACAAAGGAUUUGGCAUAACGUCCUCUCUUUGGGACAAGCUGUUUGGAACAUUGCCUCAAACCAAAUCACUUGAGAAAGAAAGGAAGCAGUGAUCAAUCAAAUCAAGGACAUGAUUGUAUGUUAGGUUAUCAUGUUAGCAUUGUUUUAAAGAUUUCAUUGAUAUUUCUCACCAAACUUGUUUGGAUUAGAAAUUUAUUUAUUUAUCUGGUCAUUGAAAGUCAUGUUUUGUAUUGUUGGGCAAUCUCAAGAAGUGAGUAGAUGGCAUCAACAAUAAAAGCCCACUUCAUCUUGGUGCAAAGAUGGGAAGAUACCCAAACUCGAAAGCAUGUAGUGUAUAUUCUGAAGUCGCUUAUGGAGUUUUGUCAAAUUGAAAUGACGUUAUAUGAUGUUGAGGUUCUGGACCUGGAAUCGAUUCGUUGUCUUUGUAUCUCCCAUGUACAUAGUGGGAACUUUGAUAGUUUUGAUUUUUAUGGGAUGAAGACGGGUGUUGAUUUUGAAUAUAAUUAGGGUUUUGUUCUUUGUUUCGUAUUUGAUUGAGAUGUUUGAUUUAAUUGAAGUUCUAUUAUAAUAUAUGAAUUUAAUAUGUGAAAAAUGUAUAAUGAUAUUUCUUUUACGAGUA